CUCUCAUUCUCUCAUCAUUGUCAAAGCAAAAGAAGAUGACUAGUUCCAAUAUAUUUUCUGAAGAUGGAAAGAAAGAACCGAACAUGAUGAAAAAGACGAAGGAAAAAAUCAAAUCUUUCUUCCAAAAGCCGAAACCUGAUGAUCACAAAGAAGUCUCAAGUCAGACUUCGCCAUAUGUAACCAAAGCUUUAGACGAGGACAAAUCAUAUGAGCUGUUGAAAAUCCAGCAGCAGUUGGAUGAGAGAAAGUUUAUCAUUAAAAAACAAAAUGAAAUUAUGCAAGUCCAAGAUAAGAAGAUGAAGAACCUAACGGAGAAUAGCGAAGAUAUGAGAAGCAAGGCAUUUCUUUUGCAUAUGCUUGACAAGGAAACAAAGUGAAUGAAUUCAGGAUGGACACCAAUUUGAAUACAUAUUUAUGCUUUGAGAUAUCAAGUUUAUAUUGUUAUUAAUAUAAUGCUAAUUUAUAAUAUAAGAUAU